GCUCGGCUGCCGGCGGGGGGGCGGAGAGGAGGGCGCUAUGGCCGACGUGUUCCCGGGCUCCGAGCCCGGCGCGGCCCCGGACGCGGCGCGGCGCUUCGCUCGCAAGGGGGCCCUGAGGCAGAAGAACGUGCACGAGGUGAAGGAGCACAAAUUCAUCGCGCGCUUCUUCAAGCAGCCCACCUUCUGCAGCCACUGCACCGACUUCAUCUGGGGGUUUGGGAAGCAAGGAUUUCAGUGCCAAGUUUGCUGUUUUGUGGUUCACAAGAGAUGCCAUGAGUUUGUCACCUUCUCUUGCCCUGGGGCUGACAAGGGACCUGACACUGAUGAUCCCAGAAGCAAGCACAAGUUUAAGAUCCACACAUAUGGGAGCCCGACCUUUUGUGACCAUUGUGGCUCGCUGCUCUAUGGGCUGCUGCACCAAGGGAUGAAAUGUGACACCUGUGAUAUGAAUGUUCACAAGCAAUGUGUAAUCAACGUCCCGAGCCUCUGCGGCAUGGAUCACACGGAGAAACGAGGGAGGAUUUAUCUGAAAGCUGAAGUCACUGGUGACAAACUGGAAGUAACAGUGCGAGAAGCAAAAAACCUAAUUCCUAUGGACCCAAAUGGACUUUCAGAUCCUUAUGUUAAACUGAAGCUCAUCCCAGAUCCUAAGAACGAAAGUAAACAAAAGACAAAAACCAUCCGUUCCACUUUGAACCCCGACUGGAACGAAUCAUUCACAUUUAAAUUAAAACCUACAGACAAAGACCGACGGUUGUCCGUGGAGGUCUGGGACUGGGAUCGAACAACCAGAAAUGAUUUCAUGGGAUCUCUUUCAUUUGGAGUGUCAGAACUUAUGAAAAUGCCAGCCAGUGGGUGGUACAAGCUGCUGAAUCAAGAAGAAGGUGAAUAUUAUAACGUUCCAAUUCCAGAUGCUGAUGAAGAUGGAAAUGCAGAGCUCCGACAGAAGUUUGAGGACUGUCAUAUCCACUUCUACAAGAAAGCCAAACUUGGGCCAGCUGGUAACAAAGUCAUUACUCCAACAGAAGACAAGAACUCGAGUGUGCCGUCCAACAACCUUGACAGGGUGAAGCUGACAGAUUUCAACUUUCUCAUGGUUCUUGGAAAGGGGAGCUUCGGGAAGGUGAUGCUGGCAGACAGGAAGGGGACAGAGGAGCUCUAUGCAAUCAAAAUACUGAAAAAAGAUGUGGUGAUUCAGGAUGAUGAUGUUGAAUGCACAAUGGUUGAAAAACGAGUCCUGGCAUUGCAAGAUAAACCACCGUUCCUGACACAGCUUCACUCGUGUUUCCAAACAGUCGACCGUCUGUAUUUUGUUAUGGAGUAUGUGAAUGGUGGUGAUCUCAUGUAUCACAUUCAGCAAGUAGGAAAAUUUAAGGAGCCACAAGCAGUGUUCUAUGCUGCCGAGAUCUCAGUUGGGUUAUUCUUUCUCCAUAACAGAGGAAUUAUUUAUAGAGAUCUGAAAUUAGAUAAUGUGAUGUUGGAUUCAGAAGGACACAUUAAAAUUGCUGAUUUUGGAAUGUGCAAAGAACACAUGUUAGAUGGAGUAACAACCAGGACCUUCUGUGGCACUCCAGACUACAUUGCACCAGAGAUUAUUGCUUACCAGCCCUAUGGGAAGUCUGUGGACUGGUGGGCGUACGGAGUGCUGCUCUAUGAGAUGUUGGCUGGCCAGCCUCCGUUUGAUGGCGAAGAUGAAGAUGAACUUUUCCAGUCCAUAAUGGAGCAUAAUGUUUCCUAUCCAAAAUCCCUGUCCAAAGAGGCCGUCUCCAUCUGCAAGGGGCUAAUGACUAAACAUCCCGCGAAACGCCUCGGCUGUGGCCUUGAAGGUGAAAGAGACAUCAGGGAACAUGCUUUCUUCAGGAGAAUUGACUGGGAAAAACUGGAAAACAGAGAGAUUCAGCCACCUUUCAAACCUAAAGUGUGUGGCAAAGGUGCCGAAAACUUCGAUAAAUUCUUUACCCGAGGACAGCCGGUGUUAACACCUCCGGAUCAGCUGGUCAUCGCUAACAUAGACCAAACUGAUUUUGAAGGGUUCUCUUAUGUCAACCCCCAGUUUGUACACCCCCUUUUGCAAAAUGUAGCAUGAAACAGCAGACCAGGAACAAAUCCCACGGUGGGGAACCCUACAAUUUUUAGGCUUUUGCCUUGUUGAUUCCAUUUGGGCCUGGAAAUUGUAGGGUUAGAAAGUGUAAGGUGGGGGAAAGGCCACUUAUUCAGGAUUUUGGCUUUGCAACAGUGACGUUGUCUUAAUGGGAGAUAAAUUAGUGUACAGUGCCCACUUACUCUUCUGGAAGUCACCACUGACUUGGCUAAACUUACCCAUUUUUUGGUACGUUACGUAUUUUUGUAGCUCCCCACUGCCCUUUUGCUCCCUUUUCCACUCUGCUGUGUUAGAAAUAGUCUAACACAGGGUCCGACCUGGAGCACCCCGUGCCGGGGGUUCCUGGUCUGCCCGGUGACCUCGGGGACAUCAGCAGCGCCAGAGACUGGAACGGCGGCGGCAGCCGGGAGGAGAGGCAUUGCAAAAAAAAUUGUGGAAAGUAGUUGUUUCGAAAAUACGACAGAAACAAGUUGGGAGUGGGUGGGAGGGGGGGAUGAAAUCCAAUUCGACCCUGAGGCUUUGUGAACCCAUCCUGUGAGUAACACUGAGUUUGAACACACUUCAGCGGUGGCCAGAUCUGUAGGAUCAUUGCUAAGUAGCAUGUGAUAAACUCAAGGGUGAAAUUUUGUCUUUAAUAAAAAUAAUAAUAAUAGUAAUAAUUUUAAUAAUAUUUUUGUGAAUUUUAAUCUCCAUGAGAUUAUUCUGUGAUCCAGGGUGCCAUUGUUUGUUCAAUUAAUUUAAUUUACAUCACUCCUCAAGUUUACUGUUAGCCGGUUCUAAUACCAAUAUUUUACUAUCAAAUUUGUUAACCUGGAAUGUAAACCAAAACUGUAAUCCCUUAAAUCUUAUUUACAUGUGUUUAUUUAUAAUCUUCAGUAUAGGACAGUAAAUCUACGAAAGCACUAUAUAUUAUAAAUUAAGAAAAAAUGCAGCCCCAAGUGAUUUCCUGAUUUCUCUAGAAUAACUCAUGAAAAUCAAGUGAGAUUUAGUCUUAAAAUAAUCAGAUUUAAUUCAGAGAACUUGGGGCUGUAGAAUAAUCAAGCCUGAAAGAAGCACCUAGAACUUGUUUUAUUGAUAGAAUGGAAUUUAAUACAUUUUACAUAUGCUUCAUGCAAUGAAUUUUGCAUGUUUAGUAAUAACUCUUAAUAAUAAGGGUUAAUAAUAAGCAGAUCUAUAUUAUUGACAUAAUCGUAUCAAGCAUAAAGAGUAUUAUAAAAAUUUUAUAAAACAAAUUGUGCUUUAUUUGUGAAAGUUCUUGUUCUGAAUGAUAUAAUUUAGAUUUAGCUAAAUGUUUUAUUGCUAUUGUUUUGGUUUUUACUUUAGAUUUUGGAUAUUGUUAAUGGCAUAGGGUAUAAUCUCUUUUUUUAAAAGUAGAUCUACUUUUAAACAAGAAUUGCUACCUGCAGGUUUUAUACGAGGUUCAAGUAGGCUUUCAUUUCACGUCUGCUUAUUACUUACAGAGAAGGAAAUAGACUUUAUUUGCAAUGAUGAACACUGUAAUUAAUGCAAUCUUCUCCUCUUCUAUCACUUAGAUAAAAAAAUUUUGAUAUUUCCUCUUACGACUUACCUGAAGAUAUUAAUUCAAAUAUCAGUAAAUAUUUUUUGUGCAUAUUUUGGUUUUGUUACAGCAUGUAAAGUAGUAGUCAGUGCAUUUUCCUUUUUUUUUUUCCCUUCUGCCUUGUUGAUGUUUGCGGCCACAGGCGCUUUUGUCUCUCAGAUGUGCAUGACGAUGCCAAAAGCAUGAUGUCUUUGUUCCUGCAUGCAGACUGAUUACAAUUUUUCCAGCAUGUAAACAUACUCAAACAGUAAGAUAUUUGCCAUAAAAGACUUAAAUUUAUACUAGAAUAUGUAACUGGGGUGGGUGGGAGGGGAAUCUACUUUCUAAUCAUCUUUUAUGACAAUAAAACAUGGAACCUGUGCCAAAGAUUCUGAUGGAGAGAUCCCGUCCUGCGGGUGGGAGCCGAGGGGCUGGGCUUGACCUUGGGGGUGACCCGUGGUGUGGGGCCGUUUUUGAGUGAAAUGGGGUUGGAUGGGAACAGCCACUGGGGCCUGUUUCUGCGCCCGUGGUGCCCUCGGCAGCUGUAUUUCUGGUGCCCAGGACAUAGGAUUUGUGACACUCCAGAAGUUUGGCUUUUGCCCGGUCGUGGUCCUUUUGCAGCCCCAGCCCUGAGCAAGGAGCAUCUCCCCAGGGAAGGGUUAAUGAGCAGGUUAAUGAGUGAACCCCACUGUUGGGGGGCUUGGGGAAACACAGAGCUCACGAGGGGUAUCGACUGACUAACAAGAACUCAGACCGUUGCCUAAAUAAACAGAACUCAAAAUUUUAAAAUAUUUUAGGAGUCAAAACUGUAAACCAUUGUCUGUCAAAUAUGUUACCAGCCACGUCUGAGAGUUCAUUUUCUCGUUUGUAUAUUAUAUACUUCUAAAAUUAUGGUUUUAACCAUAAAGCAUGUGAACUAGUGCAACGUUCAUGACUGUUUAUGUUUUUCUGAAUAUUAUUAGCCUGCCAUAGAUCAGGAGAAUCUGGGUAUCGUGCUGUAGAAGAGAAUGGAUUCAACAGAUUACUGAGGCUCAGAUUUUUGAUAAAUAAGGGGCUCGUAAGUAAGUAAAUCUGCAGAGAGGCAGCAUUUACAAUUGUUUUAAGAAUGUGAAGUAAAAAAGAUACUUUUAGAAGAGGAAAUUCAGGGAGAAAUACCAGCGCCCGUGUUUUUGCAGGAAGAAAAGCAGCAGAGGGGCAGAACCAAGCCGGGAACGGGCAGGAGCUCCCUCGGGCCAACAUUUCCAAAUGCUUCUGUUUUUCCUGAUGGAAUACAAAUUGUGCAGGGAUUUCCUUUUGUGGGCGGUUGUUGCUGGCACAGCUGUGGUGGCCGCGGCUGUUCCCACCAGAUCACAGCAUCAAGGAGCUGGUCUAACAUCUGGACAGAGCUGCUCCCUUUCUGGCUGCUUCUCAUAACCAGUGUCUCAGGCACUUGCGUUGUUCCCCAGUUUUUCUGAUGUAGAUGCAGAAAUUCCUCUUCAAUGUUGUCUCUCAAGCCCCUGGGCUUGUGACAUCUCGUGUCUCUUCUGUAGGUGUCUGUGAGGCUUGCAAACGGGAACUGUCACCUCCUGGGUCCCGCAGGAACAGGACAGGGUUGUAUAAAGCAGGGAUUGAAUAUUUGUGUUAUUCUUCCCAAUGCACCCACACGUGAACGCUCACACUUGGACCAGCCCUUCAGAGAGAACUCCAGGGGGCUUGUUUAUCAUCCAGAAAUUUAUAACGGCAAGUAAAACCUUAAGCAUCCAGCAAGCCUUUUCAUAUCUUUUUAAAUAUAGGUGUUAUUUAUAUAAUACUUUUCACAAGACGCAAAAGAGAGAACGUGCAUCAACAGCGGGAGAGGUGCUAGAACUGCAUUUCUCUCACUUGUGUUCAGUAGCAACCGUACCUCAAACACCCACGUUACCACAAAGAUUUCUAAAAGUCAAAUAGGAAAUUACAAUACACUGAAGCUGGGGUGGGAGUCUGGGGAGCCGUGUUUCCGUCCCACGUGCGCUCCAGUCCCAAAGGGCUCCAGAGCAGCCCCGUUCCUGCUGACACAGGUCUGCAUGAAAAGCUUCCAAGCUGUUUCAGGGAUUAAAUGGGACUUAACUGUCUCCUAGGAAAAUUUCUUCAUUGUUUGGGCAUCUGGGUGUUUUCAUCCACCUUGAGUCACUUCAGCAGGGUGGUGGGUUUCCAGGACGGCCACUUCACCCACCAGCCAGCCUUGGUGCUCUUAGAGGAUUGCACAUACUUGAGAAGGAGAGAGCACAUUCCCAUAAUAAAAUACUCCCCUUUAAUCCAAUUUAGAAGAGAAAUGCAAUUUAUUUUUAUGAUCCUUCAUUCUUUCCAGAAAUACAAUUGAAUUUCCCUUUACAACCUGAAGAAGGUUCUUCUGGAAAUCAGCUGUUAGUUUAAAAGAAACUCAUCAUAUCUAAAUGCUGUUGGCCUUUGAAAUCCAUCCUGUCUUUUGGGGUGAAUUCAAUUGAAUAAUGCUGGGCUCCUGUAAAAUUAAUAAGGUGGAGUGAGAGAGGAACUUGUGUUUCAUCUGGAAAGACGACGUGUCCAAGGGCAGGAUUGAGCAGCUCCACUUGCAGACUCUUGUCACUCGGUGCGUGGGGCUGCAGUCCCAGUUAAAUGCCCUGGGGGACACAUGCCAUUGGCAGAGGGGGGUGAUACUCCUUGUUAAGCAAAACGCAUCAUUGGAAAUAUAAUGAUCCAAUAAUAAAGCUUUGAUAUGAGUAGGAAGUAUAUUUACAGUAUUGAGUUUACAGUGGGCUUUCGGACCUGCCACGAAACUUCUGGAAACAUUUAAAGUGAUUUUCAGUUCUUUAGUCACGUGUCACUGUACGUAGGGUUUGUCUCUCCGCUGACGUGAGCGUCGUCUCUCGGCGCUGGGUUCCCCGGUGCUGGUCGGUGGCAGGAACUCGGCUGUGAAAACAGACAAGCUACAGCACUUUUGUCCUCAGCUCUGCACUCUUAGAUGGGAUCUGAAAUAGUUCAGUUGAAGAGUUAAAUAAGAAUUGACUCCAUAAACGUGUAUGAUUUCAUACCAACCAGUAUCCGUGCCAGUAACAAUUGGUAAUUAAAUAGCCUUAUAAUGAAUAAUCAUGCACUACAGCCCUCCUGUUCCUAGGAAAACCUUGAGAGAGAGGGCAAGUUAUUAACCUCUCUGCCUCAGUUACCUCAUCUGUAAAAUGGGGGUAAUAAUACUUACUUACCUCACAGGGAGGUGUGAGGACUUCUUAGGUAAUGUUUCUAUUACACUUUUAACCUGAAAAGAGUUGUGUAAGUAUUAUUAUAAUUUUUAAUAUGAAAUCAGGUUAUUCGAUUCACAUGGUAUUGCUGGAUAUACCAUGCUAUUUCUACUUUUUUAUAGAGCUUUAGUAAUUCUGCUGAAACAGUUUAAAGAGAAAUAAAAUCAGAUCUGAUAUGUUUCUUACAGAAUCUGGAGUCCAGCUUUUGUUAACUGGAGCCGGGGUGUGGUGGGGAGGGACACUUGCUGAUUGUGUAGGUCAGCUGCACUGACCUUUUCCAGUUACUGAGAUUUCUGUGUGCAAUUUAAAAAUUCCAUGUAAAUGGAAGUCUUAGCAGAACUGAUUAUUGUAGGGUGGGAUUCCCUAUGGAUAAAUGAAGUCAGCACAGCUGUUUUCUAGUGAUGUUUGUACUGACUCCUGUUGAAGGAGAAGCGAUAUUCGUUACGCAGCUGGUCCGUCCAUGACAGGUUCAUUCCGUUGAUAUUUCUAUGUAUUCCUGUGUCAUGUAUCUUCAAGUUUUUCUUUUCCUUGUGUGUGACGUCAUAGCUCAAAUUAAAAAGAAAACUGCCCGAGAAGCUAUGCUUUUUCUUCCAUUGAUGUCAGUUGACCAAAAGAAAACAAUAAAUCAGCAGUCAAUUAAUAACUUUAAGCAGUGACAUGCAGGAAGAGGAGCAAGAGCACCAACCACUGACCCCAGCCUGCCUCCCAUGGAGCUCGUAUCUCACUACGGGAUACAUUGGGAAGUUUACAGUUGAUCUUAAAUUUGUUUUGUAAUUUUAAGUUGGUGACAGGAACAUUUUAAUAGGAAGAAAAAUUGUGUUUCUGAUCUUUAUAAACCUUUUCCUAAGAAUUACUUAAAUUGUAUUUAUCUUCCUUCUGACUGAACCCCGAGAGGCUCUGUCCUUCCAGAGGUUCCUGUGCCCCUCUCUUGGCCGUCCAAGGCCUCUGGUGAAACCGCCCCGUGCCGGGAGCUCGCGCUGUGCUCCGUGCGUGCUGGGAGCCAGGACGGCGGGGUCCAGCCCCGGGCAGCACGAAGGGCAGCACCGAAAGCCUCUGAGCCCCAGUUCACCAAAAAUAUUGUCUGUGCUUGUGCCCGUCGGUGCCCAGCAGAGCGUGGAGGGUGGGGGUCACCUUCGAGCAGCGCGGCCGCGCUUCCCGGGGAAGGCAGCGGCGUUUGCACACUCGGAUGCCCUGCUGGCUUGGGGCAGAAAAAAAUGCUCUUGCAGGGAUAAUGCAAAUUUAAUCGUUGGCUUGUUCCCCACAAAGUCUUUCUUUUAUUCCCUCAUGCGCUAUUGAAAUGAACGUAAGAAAAAUAAUUUCAACAAAUUGAAGCUCAUUGCCUCUUUUAAAAAUAUGUGAUUCCCACCACGUGUAUGAUUUUGCAUGGCAAUACAGAGCACACCUGAAACUUAAGAUGAUUGCAUGUUAUUUUAAUGUUAUCUUUUUUUUAAGCAAGGAGAGUAAUCCCACCUUGAACUCAUCCAUAUUUUUAAUAUUAUUUUAAGACCCCAAUUUUGUAUUUAUAAAGAGGAGAACAUUAUUUAUUUUCUUAUGAUUUAUCUGCAAGAUGCUACCAGAAAAUUUGGAGAGGCCAUACAUGUUUUUAAAAAACAAACAAACAAAAAAAAUCAUUGGAAGUAUAGUGGGCAAGACUGAUGUAUAAAUUACAGCAUCUUUUUUUUCUAAAUUUGCAAUAUCUUCAAUCUUUGUUUGCAUGAAAUGCUUUUGUUAAAUAUUAAUUGUAGUUUCAAAGCCAGUGUGUAUGAAUAAAAAUACUGACCAUUGC